CCGAAGGUCUCCGUUUUCUACGCCCUGGUGUGCUUUUCAUUCACCCUCAUUCCGAAAAUAUAUACUCGGUAUUUCUCACUCUCUUUUUUCUGGAAAGUCGCGAUUGCAUACGCGUCGAUAAUUGUAAAAAGAGUCAUAAUAUUAUAAAGAAAAAUAAAACUAUAAAUACAAUGUUUGGACCAGGAGCAGCGCCAAUUGUGGUUCUGAGUCAGAAUACGAAGCGAGAUACCGGCAGAAAAGUGCAGAGAGAGAACAUUUUAGCGGCCAAGGCAAUUGCUGAUGUCAUUAGAACAUGUCUGGGUCCACAAGCUAUGCUAAAGAUGUUGAUGGAUCCAAUGGGUGGCAUUGUAAUGACAAACGAUGGAAAUGCGAUCCUGCGUGAAAUCACUGUUCAACAUCCUGCUGGAAAAUCUAUGAUAGAAAUUGCCAGGACUCAAGAUGAGGAAGUGGGAGAUGGUACCACGUCAGUCAUUGUUCUGUCGGGUGAGAUCUUGGGCUCUGCUGAACCAUUUUUGGAACAAAACAUGCAUCCUACUGUCAUCAUAAGAGCAUAUCGUCAGGCCUUGGAAGAUAUGGUCACAAUUCUUGAGCAGAUCAGUAUUGAUUUAGAUUGCAAUGAUAAAAAGAAAUUAAUUCAGGUGAUAAACUCCUGUAUAGGCACUAAAUUUAUCAGACGCUGGUCCGAAUUAGCUUGCCAGAUUGCUUUGGACGCCGUUUAUACGGUAAUGCUUGAAGAAAAUGGCAGAAGAGAGAUUGACAUCAAACGUUAUGCCAAGGUAGAAAAAAUACCGGGUGGUACAAUAGAAGACAGUGCCGUCUUGAAAGGUGUAAUGAUUAAUAAGGAUGUGACACAUCCAAAAAUGAGACGUUACAUCAAGAAUCCGAGAAUAGUAUUGCUGGAUUGUCCAUUGGAAUACAAAAAAGGCGAAUCUCAGACGAAUAUAGAAAUAAUGAAGGAUACCGAUUUUACGAAGAUCCUAGAGUUAGAAGAGGAACAUGUAAAGAAGAUUUGCGAAGAUAUUAUCUCAGUGAAACCGGAUGUCGUGAUAACAGAAAAAGGUGUAUCUGAUCUCGCUCAGCAUUACCUUGUUAAAGCCGGCAUAUCCGCAAUACGCAGGCUACGAAAAAGCGAUAUUAAUAGAAUCGCUCGUGCUUGCGGUGCUACCGUCGUGAAUCGUACAGAGGAAUUAAAGGAAGAGGAUGUUGGCACGGGUGCUGGUCUCUUCGAGAUCAAGAAACUCGGCGAUGAUUAUUUCUGUUUUAUCACAGAGUGCAAGGAUCCUAAAGCUUGUACCAUUAUUCUAAGAGGAGCCAGCAAAGAUGUCUUGAACGAAACUGAAAGAAAUUUACAAGAUGCGCUGCAUGUUGCCAGAAAUCUUCUCAUCGAUCCGAAACUCGUACCAGGUGGCGGAGCAGUAGAAAUGGCUGUAUCGCGGUUGUUAACAGAGAAAGCAGCCGGUCUUGCCGGUGUGGAACAAUGGCCAUACAAAGCAAUUGCACAGGCUUUAGAAAUCAUCCCCAGGACUCUCGCGCAAAAUUGCGGUGCAAAUACCAUUAGAACUCUAACAGCAUUGCGUGCGAAACAUGCGACGGAAGGAACCACUUGGGGCAUUGAUGGGGAAACGGGUAAAUUGGUUGAUAUGAAGGAAUAUGGUAUAUGGGAGCCGUUGUCUGUAAAAUUACAGACAUAUAAAACGGCAAUCGAGACUGCUAUCCUGUUACUAAGAAUCGACGAUAUCGUCUCUGGACUCAAAAAGAAGAAAAAUGAAAAUGAAACUGCUCAGCCGAGUCAAGUCACGGAGGAGUCUAUGAAGGAAUAAGUAUUUUCGAUAUCUAUGGUGGAAGCCUAAUCGUUUUGCGUCUAUUUUAAGAUUCAAGUAUUUUGCAUUCUCGCAGGUUCGUCUAUUGAAUUUCUAUCUCCCUUUUGUGUAUGCAUUACAUUAAAAAUAAGUUAUCUAGAAUCGUAAAAAGAUUUUUAUUUACA